AUGAGUGCUUAUAAGCCUACGCCAUUAAAAGUUUAUGGCCGAAGUCAUUACGCUUGUAAUCGAUGUAAGGUAUCUAAAAUCAAAUGUUCAGGAGGGAAACCUUGUGCCAAUUGUAAAAACAAUGGUAGAAGUGAUGAUUGUGUAUAUCCCUCAAAGGAUAGAAAGAUUGUCAUCAUGGAGAGUGAUCUAAAUAAAUUACAUGACAGAGUUAAAUUCCUCGAGGAAAUGACACAAAAAUCACCUGAAUCAAUAAAUUCAUCAAAAACUCCACCUCGUAAGAUCGAAGGGUCCCUUCUUGGAUAUCAGGCCAUAAUUCAAGAAAGACAAAAUGAAGAAACCAGAGAAUUCCUAUUUAAUCAUUCAGGUCUAGAGAAUUUCCUUAUCAGUGACAGUGCCAAUGAAUCCAUUAAAUGGAGGAUUCUUACCUCCCAUAACGUGAUGCUUCCCAUGAAAAAUAUAGCCCUUCAGUUGAUUGAUACGGUAUUUGAGAAUUACGGAUCAGAAUUUUACCUUAUAGAUUAUAAGUCACUUAUGGGGACGAUAGAUAUCAUUUAUAGAUUAUUCGAUAGCAUCAAACUCAACGAUAUUACCAUGAUUGAAGAUUUAAACAAACAAAUCACCAGGUCAACUUUAUGUUACUUUUUCAUCUUGAUAGCUUAUGGAGAACAAAUAUCCAAUCUUCGAGGUUCUAAUGAUGAAAUUGCUGGUUUACAAUUUUAUAUGAUAGCUAGUGAGUUAUUCAACUUAACCCAUGAAAGAAUCUCAUUAGAUUUCAUUCGAAGUGCAGUAUUGAUGGCAUUAUAUUCAGCCAAUUUGAACCGUUAUAACACCGUUUAUAAUUAUUUCGGAGUGGCUAUAAGAUCAGCCAUAUCACAAGGAUUCCAUAGACAAUUAAAUAUCGAUGAAAAUGAUAAAGAUGCAUUGAUUUAUCGAGAAAAGGCUAAACGACUUUGGUGGACAAUUUUCAUCACUGAUGCCACUUGGACAGCUAAAAUGAAUAUGCCAGCCCAAAUAGAUUACACAGAGACCGAUGUCGACCUUCCUUUAGAGAAUUCAAUUGAUUUAUAUGAUUCAUUUGAUUUGAAUUCUUUGGAAUUAAAUGUUCAAUUAGGGAAAUAUAUUUCCAAAUCGGUGCAAAAAAUAUAUGGAGCUCACAAAAGAACCAUUUCCGUCAAUUACAUCAACACCGAUCAAUUCAAUCAACGGGUUUUGAUAAAGAACGUUCUUUCAUGUUUCAAUGAACUCAUUAAGAAUUUCGAAGUUCCUUAUCUUUUCCAAUACAAAGGAUGUAAUAUCAUUGAACAUAAAGGUAGGAAAGUUGUUAAUCUUUUCCUCCGGUUCAAUUUACUUAUCUCCAUCAUCACCAAACCUUUAAUCUCCUUGAUAUUCAAAAGGGUCGAUAACAAUAUCUAUGAACAUCCCAUAGAGAUUGAAGAAGCUAUCAAUAAAGCCAUUUCCACUGCUAUUGCCAAUAUUAACAUUCUUUUGAAAUUAUUCGAAAUUGGAAGAUUGUUCACCAUAGGUUUCUACGAUAGUCAGUACCUCUAUACUUCAAUUCUCAUCAUCAUCAUGUCAUCCAUUACAGAUGAAAAGUGUUUGAACAUUGUCAAUAAAGCUGUGGCAAUGUUGAAAUAUAUGGCCCAAAAGGGUAAUAUCAAUGCUCAAAACAGUAUCAAGAAGCUUCUUCAGGUCAAUGAAUAUCUUGCUAAGACUCCGGAAUUGGACUUCCUUCUAGAUUUCAACCUUAACAUUGAGGAUGUGAUUGAAGUAAAAUCAGUGUUUAACUAUACUGACCAUUAUUAUAACACUUACGAGACAUGUCCGUUUUCGACAUUUUCCGAAUUCAAAAUGUUUAAAGAUAAUAUCCAUAAGACUUUAGAGUACCAUGAAGAGGUUCCACCUCCACCAGCUCCCGAUUUCGAUAUGAAGUUUUCGAAUAUAGAUUUUGAAGAUGAGAAUUUGAUCGAUCUGUUCACCAACAAUAGAGUUCACAACCUAUCGGGAACUUCCCAAAAUACAUUGUUCACCAUGAUGAAUGAAUUACAAAACACUGAAGAGUUAAAGAGCUUUAGUUUAUAA